UGGAACGGUGUCUAUAAAGGCUGCUGUUCACUCCGCAGUUCAGACUGGUUUCCUGCACACAAGCUGUGUUUAUUCUCUAUAGGAAAAUGGUUAGUCGAAUUGAGCAUCCGGCUGGUGGCUACAAGAAAAUCUUUGAGACAUGUGAAGAGUUGAACGAGCCUAUUCCUGCUGUGGUUGUAGGUGUGAUCCCAGAAUGGCUGAGCGGCAGUCUGUUGCGUCUGGGACCCGGCCUGUUCGAGGUGGGGGCUGAGCCUUUCUACCAUCUCUUUGAUGGCCAGGCCCUCAUGCACAAGUUUGACCUAAAGAACGGCCAUGUGACCUACUAUCGGAAAUUUGUCAAAACAGAUGCCUAUGUGCGAGCCAUGACAGAGAAAAGAGUGGUCAUCACUGAGUUUGGAACAGCAGCCUACCCAGACCCUUGCAAAAAUAUAUUCUCAAGGUUUUUCACCUAUUUCAAAGGGAUUGAGGUGACAGAUAAUUGCUUAGUGAACGUGUACCCUGUUGGUGAGGAUUUCUAUGCCUGCACAGAAACCAACUACAUCACCAAAGUGGACCCAGACACACUGGAGACUCUGAAAAGGGUGGACCUGUGUGACUACCUCUCGGUCAAUGGGGUGACAGCUCAUCCACACAUUGAAAGUGACGGAACGGUGUACAACAUUGGGAACUGUUUUGGGAAGAACAUGUCACUGGCCUACAACAUUGUCAAAAUUCCUCCCACACCGAAAGACAAGUCAGAUCCCAUUGCAAAGUCCAAGGUUCUUGUGCAGCUCCCCAGCAGUGAGAGAUUCAAGCCCUCUUAUGUUCACAGCUUUGGAAUGACAGAAAACUACUUUGUCUUCGUUGAGACUCCAGUGAAGAUAAACCUUCUAAAAUUCUUGACCGCUUGGAGCAUCUGGGGCACAAAUUACAUGGAUUGCUUUGAGUCAAACGAAACCAUGGGCACAUGGUUCCAUCUGGCUACAAAGGACCCAGCUGAAUACAUAGAGCAUAAAUUCCGGACUUCUGCCUUCAAUCUCUUCCAUCACAUCAACAGCUAUGAGGACGAUGGCUUCAUAGUUGUUGACCUUUGUACUUGGAAAGGUCAUGAGUUUGUCUACAACUACCUAUAUCUGGCCAACCUGAGGGAGAACUGGGAGGAAGUGAAGAAAGCUGCUAUGAGGGCACCUCAGCCAGAGGUCCGGCGAUACGUUCUGCCCAUGGACGUCCACAAGGAGGAACAGGGGAAGAAUCUGAUAUCCCUUCCGUACACCACAGCCACUGCAGUGAUGCGCAGCGAUGGAACCAUCUGGCUAGAGCCUGAGGUUCUGUUUUCUGGACCACGACAAGCUUUCGAGUUCCCUCAGAUAAACUACAGUAAGUUCUCUGGGAAGAACUACAGCUAUGCCUAUGGACUGGGCCUGAACCACUUCAUCCCUGACAGGAUCUGCAAACUGAACGUGAAGACCAAGGACACGUGGGUGUGGCAGGAGCCAGACUCUUACCCCUCAGAGCCCAUUUUUGUGCAGACCCCAGACUCUGUGGAGGAAGAUGACGGGGUGUUGUUGAGCAUCGUGGUGAACCCUGGAGCAGACCAGAGGCCAGGGUACCUCCUCAUCCUCAAUGCCAGAGACCUGACAGAGAUCGCACGGGCUGAGGUGGAGGUCAUUAUCCCUGUCACCUUCCAUGGAAUGUAUAAGCCUUAGGACUACUUUCUCAACACAUCUACAAUACCACUCCACAGGACAAAGGGACAAUCAUAAUACUAAAACCUUUGUUGGGAAUAUACUUUAAGACAUCUAGUUAUAUAAUUUGUGUAUCUUUAUUUGUCGAGGCAACACUGGUGUUGCCUAUGGAAUGUGUAUGUACUUAUUAUGUGAUCAUGUAGCCCAGUGGUAUUCAAGCUUUUCUGCCAGAAUUUUGCACGACCCCAUCCCAAAUCUAAUGACACAACCUUAAAAUUUAGAAUUUUACAUCAACAAAUAACUUUCAAUUCAUUACAUUUUCAUCUCUUAUCAAAAUGAAAAGAAACCAAUAAAUGUACUCAAAUAUUUUUUCUUUUAAUGAUCUUUCUCAAAGACAUUUGUAUAUUGUCCCAUACAAUAAUCUGUACUUGUAUUUUUUAUACCACUGAUGUAGCCUGUUCAUGGCUUAGUUUCAAAGUCCACGUUGUGAUAUACAUUACACAAAAGUAUGUGGACACCACUUCAAAUGAGUGGAUUCAGCUAUUUCAGCCACACCCGUUGCUGACAGAUGUA